AUGGCUCCUGGUCAGAACACUUUUUCCAUCAUACCAAACGCGCUGUGCGCCAUCAAUGGCGGCUUGGACGCUUCCGAAACUCGGCCUGGCAAACGGCCUAUGACCUCUAAGCAGGCUAAGAAAGCAUAUCAAAAAACAAAUAAGGGGCCUAAACUAUCCAAAGCCGAGCAACGACGCCAAGAUCUCUUCGAGCAAGACCGCAUACGACGGGAAUUUGAGAAGGAGAAAAACCAGGCCCGCGCAAGGGCUGCAAGGGAUAAGAAGAGGGAGAAGGAAGAAAAAGAGCGUGCUGAAAAGAAGAAGAAAGGAUUGCCUCUAGUCGAUGUUCAUCCGUCGCAAGCUACAAUUGCUUGGUUUGUCCGUGGUGAUAAAAAGAAGAAGUCGGAGAGCCAACCUUUAAUAAACUCGCCUAUUACCGAUCAGCAUGAGAGCGAUGACAGCGAUAGCGCUACCCUAUCAGGUGAAGAUGAGCCCGAGCCACCGCCGAAAAAGCAAAAAACAGUGCCUCUAGAUCCGGUACACAGUCCGAGCUUUGCAGGGGGUUUGAAUUGUUCGGCAUCGUCACUCCGGGACCCAGGCAUCCGGGGUACUCCUCAAGUAGCUACCAACACAGUCAAAGGUCCAAUUGAAGAUGAUCAGAUGGUAGAACAUCUGACUCCUGACGUUGAUGAGACGAUAGGAAUCCGGAUGAAGGUUCUCUCCUACCAAGAGAGCAGAUAA